ACAUCCAACCAUAUCGUUAUCCCAAUAUUCUAUCAUGUGGAGCCCACACAUGUUAGGAAGCAACAAAGUAGCUUUGGAGAUGCAAUGGCUAAGCAUAGACACAUGAUGGAGGCCGAGACAAAUGCAAAUAAAAGAAGUCAAUGGGCUCAAAAGAUGGACCGAUGGAAUAAAGCGCUUACUCAAGCUGCUGAUUUAAAAGGGAAUGACGUAAAUGGCAGGUUAGAGACCGAGUUUAUUGAAGAAGUUGUGAAGGACAUCCACCGUAGAUUACAUGUACACUUAAGGAGCGUUGGACCACAACUUAUUGGGAUGAAAAAUCAUAUUAACUUUGUAACUUCAUGGUUGAAAGAUGGAUCAUCACAUACGGCAGACAUACUUACUAUUUAUGGUAUAGGUGGGAUCGGGAAGACAUCUUUAGCUAAGCAUGUCUAUGGGCUAUAUUCUCAUGAAUUCCACACAAGUAGCUAUAUCGAAGAUAUCACUAGGAAAUGUGAUGGGAAGUUUAAUGGGUUACUUGAUUUACAAGAACAACUCUGCAAUGACAUUUUAAAAACAAGUUCAAUUAAAGUUCAUGAUGUUUCGGCAUACACCGCAAAGAUAGAGAAUGCACUAGCCCGUAAAAGGGUGUUUCUAGUUCUUGAUGAUAUCAGUACUCUUGUUCAGUUGGAUGCAUUACUUGGAAGCAAAGGCAUUCAUCCUGGAAGCAAAAUUAUAAUUACAACAAAGGACAGUUGGUUGACUGAGAGUUGUUCUUUAUUCAAAACAAACAUUAAACCCAAGCAUGAAAGGCAUUUACUUCGAGGCUUAGCUGUUAUAGCAUCGCAACAACUUUUGUGUUCCCAUGCAUUCAUGUCCUACCAACCCAAGGUGGGAUAUGAAGAGGUGUCUGAUAAGCUGGUUAAGUAUUGUGAAGGACACCCAUUGGCUCUUGAAGUUUUGGGAAAGUCUUUGCAUAAUCGAGAUGUAGCUUAUUGGGAAGGGUGCAUCGAAGGGUUAAAGAAUGAAAUUAGUUCCCCUAUAAAUAAUAGUGUUGAGACAAAAAAAGGCCUUUCCCUUGACAUGCGGAUGCUUGAGAAGGAGAAGUUGUGUGCAUCAUUUGAGUUGAAAACAGAUGCAUUCAACAACAUGGAUAAGUUGAGGCUACUACAACUCAGUUAUGUGCAUAUGAAUGGGUCUUAUGAGAACUUUCCAAAAAAAAUAAGAUGGUUGUGUAUGCAUGGGUACCCUUUACAGUAUUUACCUUUAAACUUACCUAUACAAAAUCUUGUUGCUCUUGACCUGUCAUACAGCAAUAUCAAGUCUUUUGUCGGUUGUUAUAGUAAUCCACAACGCUUUAAUGUGGCCGCUGUUUCAAAAAAUUUACUUUUUUGUAUUUUUUUGUAUUGGCUUUUUUAUUUCCUCUUUGCCGAUGGUCUCCUACGAAAGCAGUUUCUCAACACUAUGUUGGGGGCUGCUAACCAUCCUACCUCCCCCUUAUCCCAUUUGUAUGGGAUCGGGCUAAUGUUGCUGUUGUUAUAUAGUAAUCCACAACGACUUGAGACGUGGAAAAAGUUGGAUGGAUCGUGCUUAAAAGAGAAAAGGUUGCUAGGAUCACUGAAGAUUCUUAAUUUAAGUUUCUGUAAACAACUUCAUAGUCUUGGUGAAUUUGACCAACUUCCUGCACUUGAGAGGUUAAUAGUUAGAAAUUGCAUUGGUUUGGUUGAGGUUUGUGAAUCAAUUGAGCAAUGUGUUGACCUUGUCUUCAUCGAUUUGAGCUACUGCAAGAAGCUUGAAAGACUUCCAAGAAACAUAGGCAUGUUGAAGAAUGUUCAAAAAAUGUUGCUAGAUGGUUGUAGUCUUGGUGAAUCUCAAAUCCAGAUUAGGGAUACGGAUUCACUAGAAUUGGGCAAGGCUAACAACAUUGACAUAAAUACAAGAACCUCUUCCCCUGCCUUUGUGGGUGCCAUACCAAGUGAUUUGAAGUUGUUUGCAAGUUCUUUACCGAGUUCUCUAGUAAGUUUGUCACUUGCAAAUAGUAAUUUGUCCACUAAAUCCUUUCCCAUGGACUGGAGUUGCCUAUCCAUGUUAAAGGAAUUAUAUUUAGAUGGCAAUCCAAUAAAUUCCAUGCCCAGUUGUGUGAGAACCCUUCCUAGGCUCGAGAUACUUAGUAUGGAGAAUUGUAAAAAAUUAAAGUCAGUUGAGAAUCCUCCACGUACACUAAGCAGGUUGCUCUUUUCUGUUAAUGGGGAUCUUCAAGGAAAAGUCGUAUUUGAUCCAGAGAUGUCCCCACUAGAGUUAUCACCAAGGCGGGUGGCUUCGGCAGCUUUCUCAUAUGAAUUUGAAGGCAUAAUCAAAAUCCAACCAAUGGUAUGUGUUGAGGAAAAGGUAUUACGUAGCUUGGGCUGGAGUAAUUUAGACUUCCUUAACGAAAGGCAUUUGGGAGCUAAUUCUCGGGAAUUUGGAACCCAGACGAUGUAUUAUGAAUUUGGAAUAUUCAGCACAAAGUAUGAGGGGGAGGAGAUGCCGAGUUGGUUUAGGCAUAGAAGCGUGGGGCCAUCAAUAUCAUUUACCAUCCCAUCAUCAUCAUCUCCAUACAACCUCCUUACAAGACUCAACUUCUGCUUCUCUGCUGACACACUGAAACCUCCCGAUGAUUGUUUUCCAGUUCCAUAUGGUCAGUUCCCUCUAUGGCCAAUGAUGACAAUUAGUAAUAUAACAAAGAACCGCAUGUGGAUAUACGAACGUUACACGGACAGAUAUUGUGUAGGUGGAAGGUGUUGGGUGGUGUUAAGUCAUUGGAUGUUUGGGAUGAAUGAGAUGGAGGUUGGUGACCAUGUUACUAUUACUGUUACGCUGCCACAUGAUGAACAUGUAAAGGAGUGUGGGGUGAGUCUUGUGUAUGAUGAUGGAGAAGAAGAAGAAGAAGAUGUGUUGGGUUAUUACAAGUCAUGGAAUCACAUAAUUGGUGGAGAUCUCUCCCCUUUUCAAACCACAACAGGACAAUACAUCCUAAACCACUUGCGAUUUUUUGUGUCUGGCAUUCAUUUGUUUCCAUAUCAUCGUAAAUUCGUUCCAGAUGGCCCCGACUUUCAAGCACAAAAAGAAUUGUGGUUCAGAGCUUUAUCCCCAAGGAAGCCUGGCAUAAUUGGUGGCGCACAUGAGGGUGAGGGGGAAUCUUCAAGGUCUACUCAGCCAGUUUUCUCGAGUAUUGAAAGAGGGGUCAUAAAUAAUCUUUGUGUAAGGCCGAUGGUGUUAUGGCUCGAACUCAGAAUAUGCAGGAGUUUAAUUCUUCAGUGCAUCACGAUAAUCAGAGAAUUCGUGAUGCAUUUUGAAAUCCGGGGAACACCUUUCACAAUCAGUGGCAAGGUUCUUGCGUAUACCCUUUUUGGAGCUUAUUACAUUGAAGCAAGUGGAGAUUGUGCUAUUUUAAUAAUUGAUCCUCAAAACUUACUUCGUGGGUCUGAGGAAUUGAUGGAGGUUGAUGAUACUGAACCCAUGAAGAUGGUGAUAUCUUAUUUGGGGUAUGUGUCAUAUGUGGCGAAGAUGUCCCUCACAUCAUAUGCAGUGGAGUCACCUGGAAGAAUCCGGAUGCUAUACAGCAUCUCUAUCCACCUUGAGGACAAGGUGAAUCUUUGGGGAUGGGGUAUUGCUACCCAUCCACCUUAGGCAUCUACUUGAGAUAUGGGUAUUUUGGGAAAAUCAGUAAAUAAGGAGAAUCUAAGUAUUAGAGGGGUAAUUUAGGUAUUUUACUUGUUUAGUUUGUUAUGCUAGAGUAUUAUUAGAGGAUAGUGGGAAAGAGGGUGAAAGUCAAAUUUUGGUUUUAGAAGCUUUGGCAGAGGCUAGGCUCUCGAAUCUCUAGCAAAUCAUUAGGUUUAUUUUUGUUAUUCUUGUGUUGUUUUUAGUGUUUUAAUUCAAUACAGAGAAGCUUUUGUGUGUUUUAAUUCAAUACAGAGGCUACAUUCUUGUUUGUUGAGUUUAUUGAGAUAUCAGUUCGUAGCAUACUUCUGUCAAUUUCUUCGGUUAUGGGCUAAAUGCAAGAAAUAACAAUG